GAAGAAAAGGAUGCAAUUAAAGGACAGUAUGAAAAACUCAUGGAUGCUUAUGGCUGCUUAGGAGAGCUUCAGCUUAAAAUUGGUAACGCUAUGCUGCACUUUCUGGUCCUGGUGACAGGCUGUACGUCGGUGGGAAAAGUCCUGGACGCUGAAGUUUACAAAAUUACUGCAACAGAUUUCUGUCCUCUCCAGGAAGAAACCAAGGAAGAGGAGCGCAUUACUGCCUUGAAGAAAAUACUAAACUCUGGGAUGUUCUAUUUCUCCUGGCCUAAUGCAGGCUCAAACUUUGACCUGACUGUGCGGGCUCAGAAGCAGGGUGAUAGCCACUAUGAAUCUGGUAACUCGUUCUUCUGGAACCAGCUGCUGCAUGUGCCCUUCAAGCACUACCAGGUGAACUGCUCUGACUGGCUGCUGAAGGUGGUCUGUGGGGUGGUGGACAUCCGCACUGUGUAUGCCUCCCACAAGAAGGCAAAAGCCUGCCUCAUCUCUCGCAUCAGCUGCGAGCGAGCCGGACUCCGCUUUCACAUUCGGGGGGUCAGUGAUGAUGGACACGUGUCGAACUUCGUUGAGACAGAGCAGACAAUUUACUUGGAUGAUGAUGUCUCUUCCUUUGUGCAGAUCAGAGGUUCUGUCCCACUGUUUUGGGAGCAGCCGGGGCUUCAGGUGGGUUCUUAUCAUCUAAGGCUUAACAGAGGUCUGGAAGCUAAUGCUCCUGCCUUUGACAGGCAUAUGAUGCUUCUGAAGGAGCAGUAUGGAAAACAAGUGAUUGUUAAUCUGCUGGGAAGCAGAGGAGGGGAGGAGGUGCUCAACAGAGCUUUUAAGAAACUGCUGUGGGCCUCUUCCCAUGCAGCAGACACUCCCAUGAUAAACUUUGACUACCACCAAUUUGCAAAAGGUGGGAAAGCUGAGAAACUGGAAAAUUUGCUGAGGCCUCAGCUGAAGUUGCACUGGGAAGACUUUGGAAUCUUCACAAAGGGCGAGAAUGUAAGUCCACGUCUGCAGACAGGUACUUUUCGAAUGAAUUGUUUGGACUGCCUGGAUCGUACCAAUAGUGUACAGUCCUUCGUUGCCCUGGAGAUCCUGCUUGCCCAGUUAGAGAGCCUUGGGUUGAACUCUAAAUCUGUAGUUGAGCGCUUUGUGGAAUCCUAUAAAGCAAUGUGGACUCUCAACGGUCACAAUCUGAGUAGAGUGUUUACUGGCAGUCGUGCCCUUGAGGGGAAGCACAAGGUUGGGAAACUCAAAGAUGGUGCCCGCUCUGUGUCUCGCACCAUUCAGUCAAAUUUCUUCGAUGCAGUAAAGCAGGAAGCCAUCGAGUUGCUGCUUAUGGGUGACUUCUUCAGUGAGGAAUAUGCAGACAAAGGCAAGAUGCUGAUGGACCAAACUGCACUGCUGGUAACUCCCAGUAUUUUGAAGGCCAUGUCAGAGCGUCAGUUUGAAUUCACAAGCUUCAGGCGUGUUCGUGUUGCCACGGGGACCUGGAACGUGAAUGGGGGGAAGCAGUUUCGAAGCAAUGUCCUUGGCACCAGUGAGCUGACAGACUGGCUGCUGGAUUCUCCCAAGCUCUCUGGAGUUUCUGAGUUUCAGGAUGAUGAGAAUUCCCCUCCUGACAUAUUUGCAGUGGGAUUUGAAGAGAUGGUUGAAUUAAGUGCAGGGAAUAUUGUGAAUGCCAGUACAACAAAUAGAAAAAUGUGGGGAGAGCAGCUUCAAAAAGCUAUUUCCAGGACUCAUCGCUAUAUUCAGCUGACAUCAGCACAGCUUGUUGGUGUCUGUCUUUUCAUCUUUGUACGACCGUAUCAUGUCCCCUUCAUCAGGGAUGUAGCAGUAGACACUGUGAAGACAGGAAUGGGAGGAAAAGCUGGAAAUAAAGGGGCAGUGAGCAUUCGUUUUCAGUUCCAUAGUACCAGUUUCUGCUUUAUAUGCAGUCACUUAACUGCUGGGCAGACUCAAGUGAAAGAGAGGAAUGAAGAUUAUAAAGAAAUCACACAGAAACUGAGCUUCCCAAUGGGCCGGAGCGUGUUCUCCCACGACUAUGUCUUCUGGUGUGGAGACUUUAACUAUCGCAUUGACCUGACCUAUGAGGAAGUCUUCUACCUCCUCAAACGUCAAGACUGGAAGACGCUUCUGGAAUUUGAUCAACUGCAACAGCAAAAAUCCAGUGGAAAAAUUUUUAAAGAUUUCCAUGAAGGGACUAUUAAUUUUGGACCAACAUAUAAAUAUGAUGUUGGCUCAGAGGCUUACGAUACGAGCGAUAAAUGCAGAACCCCAGCUUGGACUGACAGAGUCCUUUGGUGGAGAAAGAAACUGCCUUUUGAAAAAACAGCUGGAGAGAUCAAUCUUCUAGACAGUGAUCUGAAUGCUGAAACUAAAGUCAGGCACACCUGGACCCCUGGAGCCUUGAUGUACUAUGGGAGAGCAGAACUGCAAGCAUCUGACCACAGGCCAGUGUUAGCUAUUGUAGAAGUGGAAGUUCAGGAAGUUAAUCAAGCUGCCCGUGAGAGUGUUUUCCAGGAAGUGUCAUCUUUCCAAGGACCACUGGAUGCCACAGUGGUGGUAAAUCUGCUAUCACCACUGCCAGAAGAGAAAAAUGAAUUUCCCGAGGACCUGCGUGCAGAGCUGAUGCAAAUGUUUGAGGAUUAUGGCACUAUUGUUCUGGUCAGGAUCAGUGGAGGUCAAAUGCUGGUGACAUUUGCAGACAGCAAGUCAGCUCUUCGUGUUAUGGAUAUAGAUGGUGUCAAAGUCAGAGGCAGGACAGUGAAGAUCCACCCCAAGACCAAGGACUGGCUAAAGGGCCUUCAGGAGGAGAUAGCUCGAAAACGGGACAGCAUUGCCCCUGUGUCCCCCACGGCAAACUCCUGUCUUCUGGAAGAAAACUUUGACUUCUCAAGUUUGGACUAUGACUCUGAAGGUGAUAUAGUAGAGGAUGAAGAUGAUUAUUUAGAUGAUGCUUUGUGUCAAGACCUAGUAGCAGAUGCAGCGGAAGAUAUGCCUGAGGGCUGUGGACAUUUUGCAUCCAUAGAUCCUUCAAAUAAAUCUGGUCAAAGCCCACGGCUGUGUAAAGAUGAUGCAGACCUGGCCGAUUUGAAGAGGGAUCUGGAGGCAAGAGGGGAUUGCCACCACCGGGCUCCAAGCAGGUCUCUGUCCAUUCCUUCCAGGCCUCGGCCGCUGCAGCCACCGCAGAGGCCUCCUCCUCCCGCUGGAACAUCAGGCAAGAAGUCCCCCUCAGAUGGUUCCCUCUCUCCAGGAAGCAACAGCGCCUGCUCCAUCCUGGCAACGGCAAAGCUCUUACCUGGAGCCCCUCAGCAGCCACCUAAAGUCCGGACGGGAAUAAGUAAACCUUAUAACGUCAAGCAGAUCAAAACUACCACAGCUGAGGAAGCAGAAGAAGCUAUAAGAUGUCUUAUGGAAGCUAAAGGAGGACUACAGGAAGAUGCAGUAAAGCCUGCUCCAGGUAGAAACCAAACAUUCGCCAAGCCCGAGCCUCUUCCCAGCAUCACGAAGUCAGCAUCAUUUCAAGGGUCACAGGCAGGACCAAUGCUCGUACCCCAUCGCCCACCACCCAAAGUCCCAGCCACGAAGAAGCCAGUACCUCUGCAAAGGACCGGAGCCAAGGUGGAAAGUGCUACAUCUAUAGUUGAGCAGUUGGACCAGCAGCCAGGACAGUUUCCUUUUGGCCUGCCAGAGCCCUCUUUGGAAGACGGAGCCAUCCUUAGUCCAACCAAGAUUACUCCAGUCCCUAAACCCAGGACAGCCCAACCUGGGAAGCUGCAGGAGGGCCGAGGGGGCAGUGAAGGGCAGCCCCCCUCAGCAAGCACGGCCAAGGCCAUCGCGUUGCCUCCCCCAAACACUUCCUUUGCCCCAAAGGUGCCACCACGAAGAAAGAAGUCUGCUCCUGCAGCUCUUCAUCUGCAAGUUCUCCAGAGCAGCGACAACCCACUUUUUAGCGGGUUAAUGUUCAACUCCAGCACCAAGGCUCCUGGGCUCUGCCCCCAGGCUCAGGAAGCUCACGUCCCCACGAAGUCUGUGCUCUCGGGAACAGCGCCCUCUGCCAGCCCAGAAGAGGACACAGCGCAGGGAUCGGGGGCUGGCCUGCCCGGCCCUCCUCUUCCAGAGGGCCAGGGUACCAGCUCCCCCCCAGAGAACACCAACCUUUUGGACCUAGACCUGGAUUCUGCCUGCCCUCUUUCCAUACAGGUGCCAUCAGCUGCUUCUCCAGAAAAUUUAAAAGGCCCCAGCUUGAAAGAUUUCAGUCACUGGGUUACAUUUAGUGAUGAUGAAGACAGCGGUGCGCCGUCAGAAGGGUUCAACAAACUGCCUGUCUUAAAACAAAACCAAAACACCUUAAAGGCAAAUGCUGAUUUAGAAUUGUAA